CACCGACAACAUGCCCCUGCUUGUAUCUGGCUCUUACCUAAUCAAAUGUUUCGAAUUCACGACUUUGAAUUUCUUUAGGAUCUAUGAGUUGAAGAGUCAAAAAUUUGGCGGCUUCGUUAUCAGAGCUGGAGACUCUUCAGUUAUCAUCUCCAAUCAAGUGCUCUCCAAGCCCAGAAUCAACGGCGCACUUUGAGAGUGGAUAUUGACUGUGGCUGCCUAGAGUGAAGUACUCUCUCAGCCUCCGUCGCUCAAUUCCACCCCUGCUAUUGGCGAGAUAACCCGAGUACCUGGAUGAGCCCGGGAUUGAAAACUCAGCCUUCCCCCCUUCUCACCUAGUUUCUUGCUCUCACUCUUUUCUCCCAAUCUUGCUCUUUCCAUGAUUGUUCAAGAUGGCCGACGUGGAAGAGCCUGUGUUCAACACGCUGGCGGAGCGUAUCGCUGCCCUGAACCAGCAAAAGAACUUCAAAGCCCCUUCGACUGCUGGAAAACGACCUCCGCCCCCGCCCCCCGUUCGAGCUGCAACAGAGAUUCCUGUUGUCCAUCCCAUAUCACCGAAUCGAAAUGAAAGCCCCCCGACUCCAUCGCUCCCUCCACGCCCAACCCGGGCCGCCUCUGCUGUUGACAGGCCUCCCCCAUUGCCGCGACGAACCACCGAACAAGACAUCCCUGAGGACAAGCCGAUGCCCACCUUGACCAAGAAGCCGCCACCACCCCCAUUGCCCUCCCGAAACUCUAUUCAACAAACCUCUCCGGCUCUCCCACCUCGACGAACAACCUCCACUUCUCUCCCUGUCCCAGGCGCUCGAAGAAAUUCCAACUCGUCCGACAUCUCACACCUCUCCAAUGUGUCCACAUCGUCCUGGAACAACACGGCCUCUUCGUCUGCGCGCACUAGCAUUACGUCCGAUAAUGGCCAUCCCCUUAGGAAGCUACCGCCAGCUUUCGAUCAAGCCAACCUCCCGCCACUACCUCCGACAAGACGUGAGCUCGAAGCAAAGGCCAGGGAGGCACAGCAAGAGCAAGGAAGAGAAGCAGAUAGAUCAGCUCCGCCCGCCGUGCCCCAAGGCCCCCCGCGACUUCCCUCACGCUCUUCGUUACCGCCUCCGCCUGCUACGUCCCGCGAACCCCCGGCACUCCCAUCACGCCCAUCUCUGCCGCCUAGGCUUCCUUCGCGACCAGCUAGGCAUUCUACCUUCCCCGACGUUGAAGAAGAGCCAGGCCCACCCCUUCCCAACCGCAGUCUGCCACCUCCACCACUCAGUUACAGACCAAAAUCGGUUCCAGAGCCAGCACCACCACCCAUCCCGCUUAGUUCUCGACCUACAUUUGAUGUCGUUGUAUCUCGAAAAACCACUGGCACCGAGGUGGUUCCUCGAUCAGUCUCCGCCCCUCCAGUCGGUCCUGUCUGCCUCAUAUGCCGAGACUUCUCCGGGCCUGAUAGUGUUGCGGCGCAGCACCCGACCUCUUCGCUUCCGCGCCAUGACACCAUUCGUUACCUAGCCCACGUCCUCUGUGACCCGUUCGACUCGCCCACUGACAAGGCCCGCGCCAUCUUCACCUGGUGUCACCACAACAUGGCAUACGACACCCACGGCUUCUUCAAUGAUUGCAUUCCGCACCAUUCGACACCCGCUGAGCAGAUAUUCAGCGGCAAAGCCGUUUGCCAGGGUUACGCAGAGGUGUACAAAGCCAUUGCCCUCGCUGCUGGGCUCGACUGUGUCCUCAUCAGUGGUCACGGCAAGGGAUUCGGCCACCACGAUCUAACCUCUGGCUCUCCUGUUCCCCCCGAAGAAUCAAACCACGCCUGGAACGCGGUCCGCAUUGACGGCGGUGAAUGGAAGAUCAUCGACGCUUGCUGGGGCGCCGGCCACCUAGGCGACGACAGACUUUACCAUAAGCAGUUUAGCCCGGAGAUGUUCUACCUGCCCAACGAGAUCAUCGGCAAGAAACACUUUCCGACAGACCGACGGCACUUCUACCGCUCCGACGGCCGCAUCUUGACUUGGGAGGAGUACAUUCUCGGAGACGGCCCUACUCCGUGCUGGUACGGUGACGCAGACAAAGACGGACUGGACCAGUUCAGUCUGGAGCCGCGUACGGCCACAAUUCCCGUCUACAGCGGCGAAGUGGUCCGGUUUCAGUUCAGCAAGGUGUGCGUGCACUGGGAUCCGGAGAAGAACGGAGGGGGCAAGCAGUACCUGUUCGUCGUGGCGAUCGAGGGGCGAGAUGGCAGAAAGAAGGAUUUCGUGCCCAUUGAUACGGACGGGUUUUGGUGGUGGGCAGACAUACCUGCUAUUGAUCUGGGGGCGCCGGGACAGAAGAUUACGGUGUUUGCGGUGACGACGUUAGAUAAUAAGUGUGCGAGAGGGUUGACGAAGGAGGAGUAUUUGAGGAGGAAAGGGAGGUGUGCGUACAGUUUCAAGGGGAUAUGUGCUUGGGAUUUGGUUUAGGGGGUUUAAUGUCGACUCUUUUAGCGCGCUACUACAGGACAUUGGAUGAACGGGACACCGCGCACAGACAGACGUGUUCGGAUGAUUUAAGCUUCAGAUGGUUUUAGGUUUCGUACCGGCCUUCAAGGGCUUCUAUGUCAGAUCGAACUGGGGUUGGGAGUUUUGGUACUUGGGCCUUUUGCGUCCGCUGGUAUAUGGGUUAUAUACUAUCAUCUAAUGAUCACAAUCUUUUGACAGCAGUUCAACCUCCCG